UUUAGCAAAAUCACUAUUCACUAAUUAUACAUUAAUAAUACUCCAUCAAUCCAGUCAAGUUUCUCACCAAGAAAAACAAAAAAGACUGAAGAACUUGAAUAAAAAAAUGGACUCCUCUGCUAAUUAAAUGUCUAACUCAUACUCUUCUUCAAUUAUCUUGCUCAUUGAUUCUCAGCCUUUUUAUCCUCGAAAAUCCCACCAACCCUAAAUUUGAGGUUAAAUAAUUGGAAGAGAAGUUCGAAGAAAUCAUUAAUGGCGCAACCUCCCAUUCUAUCGAUUGCUUUGCCUUCUGAGACUGGUCGUGUUCUCAGUAUUCAGUCUCAUACUGUUCAGGGUUAUGUCGGCAAUAAAUCAGCUGUCUUUCCGCUUCAACUUCUUGGAUAUGAUGUAGACCCGAUAAAUUCCGUACAAUUCUCAAAUCACACAGGUUAUCCGACAUUUAAAGGCCAAGUUUUGAAUGGGAAAGAACUCUGGGACUUAAUUGAAGGUCUAGAAGCAAAUAAUUUAUUGUUCUACACUCAUUUAUUGACAGGUUAUAUUGGUUCGGUCUCAUUUUUGGAUACUGUAUUGAAAGUUGUAACUAAACUACGAACUGUGAAUCCUGGACUUCUCUUUGUUUGUGAUCCAGUAAUGGGUGAUGAAGGAAAGCUAUAUGUCCCUGAAGACCUGGUGUCAGUAUAUAGGCAAAAGGUUGUUCCUGUUGCAUCGAUGUUGACGCCUAACCAGUUUGAAGCUGAACUGCUGACUGGUUUGAGGAUUGUGUCAGAACAAGAUGGGAGGGAAGCUUGUAGCAAACUACACGCGGCUGGACCGGCAAAGGUUGUCAUUACGAGCAUACAUAUUGAUGGUAAUCUCUAUCUCAUUGGCAGCAGUAAGAAAGAAAAGGACGAGGCAUCUGAGCAAUUCAAAAUUAUGAUUCCAAAAAUCCCAGCAUAUUUUACGGGAACAGGAGACCUAAUGACUGCACUAUUACUAGGGUGGAGCAAUAAGUAUCCUGAUAAUCUUGCUAGGGCAGCAGAGCUUGCUGUUUCAAGCUUGCAGGCACUUCUGCAUAAGACUAUGAGCGACUACAGUCUUGCAGGAUUUGAUCCCAAGACAAGCAGUCUAGAAAUCCGAUUGAUUCAGAGCCAGGAUGAUAUCCGUAAUCCCCAAGUCAAGUUUGAUGCCGAGAAGUAUAGCUAGUGCUUGUUCAGCGCACUUUUGGAAGUUGCAACUCCCUAAGGAAAUCAAAACUUUAUGGAAGUGUCUAAAGUAAGCUGGUUGAUUAAAAGAAGUAGAACUUCCUACACGGAGUCACUCUUGUGGAGAUCAGGAAGCUAUUUCUUCCAUUUCGGACUCCUCAGGAAAUUAUACUCUCAACGUGUUGGUCAACCAAACAACCUUCGGUCUUCUAGUUCCCUCUCAUUACAGCUUCAAAUGAUUGUCCUUGUCAACCAAACAAUAUCUAUACUUGUUUGUAAAAACAAAAUUAUAAUGACUUUGGCACAAAAGCUCAAUAUGGACCACAAUGCUUGUUACUCAAAGAGGCAAAGGCUCCUCUGUCCUCUGGAAACUGAUUUUAUGCAGGAAGCCUCUAAGCACUCCUUGAAAAUGUAAUGUCAGUUUUGGUUCUCUUUAUUUCUAGUCUUGAUUCUUGAUUUGAAAUUAAGAUUGUUUGCAUGUAUUCAGGCAUAUAAACUUCUUCUAUGUUAUUAUAAUUUAACUGUCCUUAAA